AUGGCACCCUCAGUGGACGCUACCGUCCCGACCAAGAGCAAGGGAUUGGAGGCGUUGUCGCAGGGGACUACUUUACCGGGGAUCCCCAAAUUUAGCAGUUUUGAUAAGCAACGGGCUUACAUGCUAAACCACAUGGUUGGUGCUUUCCGGGUGUUCGCUAGACAUGGCUUUGUGGAGGGCAUGGCAGGCCACAUAUCACUGCGAGACCCCGAAUUUCCAGAUCGAUUCUGGACGAAUCCACUUGGCCUUCAUUUCGGACUGAUAACCCCAUCCGACCUAAUCCUAGUCGACGAAUCAGGAACUGCCGUGGGAGGUAACACAUCCAGACCGGCAAAUGCAGCAGGAUUCCUGAUCCACAGUGCAAUUCACCAGAAACGGCCGGAUGUGAAUGCAGCUUGCCAUUUUCAUUCGACUUACGGUAAAGCUUGGUCGGCUUUUGCCCAGCCUCUUGAGAUGUUGAAUCAAGAUGUAGCUAUUUUCUACGGGGAUGCACAGAGUGUGUACGAGGAUUUUGGGGGUGUUGUCUUGAAAGAAGAGGAGUCAGGCGCGCUGGCGAAGAGUCUCGGGAGUGGCAAGGGGGUGAUCUUGAGAAAUCAUGGCCUUUUGACAGUUGGAGGCACGGUGGAUGAGGCGGCUUAUCUUUUUCUUUUGAUGGAGAAAAGUUGCCAGGUUCAGCUUGCCGCCGAUGCCGCCGUUGCUGCCGGUCGUCAAAAGGUGCUUAUUGACGACGAGGCUGCGCGCUUCACCUUUGAGAAUACCAGUGAUCCAGAGAGCCUCUUUGCUGAAUUCCAAGUGUACCUGCAGUACGAGUCUGCUAUAUCUCAAGAUGGAUACAAAGCCUUGUGA